GAGAGAUUCCAGAAAAGGAGCUUCCAAAUAAAGAUCCUUCUAAGGUGAUUCUUGUUUCAUCUCUUAAAUUAAGUCACAUUAUUUGAGCAUUUACUACUAGCUAAAUAUGAUUCUCCACAUACUAGGACUUGGAAAACAUGAAUGACGAAGAACAAGCAACUUCACUUUCAUAUACUACCAAGGCAUCCGAGGCAAUGGCUGCUCCAAGGCAUCCAGAUAAGGUGAAGGCAACCCAACUGGAAUCAAGGAUAACAGAAUCAGCACUACCAAGUCUUGCGCCUGUGCCAAAAUUGAAGAAGACAAAGACAACUAAAUAUAAGAAACCAGGAAUAUUUCAAACACCACUCCAAAAGGGGCCAAAGGACGAAUUAAAAGAUACCAUAAAGUGUGGCAUGGAAGUUAGUUUGACGUCACCAAACAGUGCAAGUGUGGUGGCAAUGGGAACCAUCCAGAAAACUGAUAGAAAAGCUAAAGCUAUUGAUGGUCAACCACUAGCUGAUUGUGUUGAAGUACUUGUCAACAUCGUGCUCAAAGAAACAACUGAGCUGCCUCGUGCACAAGGGAAAAUAAACAUGCUAGGAAUGCCCAAGCUAGGUGUAUUCCAUGGCCACGCAAAAAUAUUAUGCAAACAGACCGUACUACCGUGCUGCAUUCUAAGGUUUCUAGUGUUUGUAGUCAGAUGUCUUUCAACAAUAGUGAGAAUGUGGAUCCCAACAAAACAACUACUGGAACUCAGGUGACCAACCAUCAGACUGGUUGCAGUACUUUAGAAGGUGCAGUGAGGAAUACACUGAAGAGAAAGAAAGUUUCUGAGACAACAAGAAUGAAAAAAGGUACUCAAGCAAUCUCUGCUACAACCGGAAACAACAUACUUAGGAAUUCGGGCAGGGAAACAUGAAAGAUGGUCAUAAGUGAGUUGUACAUGCCUUUUCCUGUAACACUUGUUCGUAUUGUUGUCACAACAGUAGGAAGUGACCUGUGUGUUUCUGAUUGAUACUUCGAUAUUGUUUCUGAAUUUGUGAAGAUGUUCUGAUGGUGAUGCUUUGCAUUAUUCGCGUGCACGAUGAUACAGCUUCUCAAUCUUUUUUUCUAUUGUAUGUGUGUUUUUACAGAGCUAGAUGCAAAUUAUUGAGCUUGCUGUAACAGUGGUUUUAUCAUAUUCUUAUUAUGCAUAUGUAAAGUUUGUGGCAUUCUUAUGUGCCCUGGAAACAUUUUGGAGGCAAUACAAAAGACGCCACAUAAUGGUUUUGAGGCAUUCUUUAGAAAUGCCACAAAAAUGUCUUGAAGGCAGUAUGAGAGAUGCCAGGCAUAAUUUUUAGAGGCAUUAUGAGAAAUGCUACAAAUAGUCUUUGGAGGCAUUUUGAAAAAAUGCCUUCAAUUGAGCUUGUUGGCGUUCUGGAAAAAUGCCUGCGUUUAAUCUUUUUGAGGCAUUGUGGAAAAAUGCCUCAAAUUGAGCUUGUUGGCGUUUUAAACAUGCCUCUGUGUUGAC